GACAAAGCACCUGCGUGUCAUCGAAAAACGCAUCAUCUGCUCCCCAUUUGCCGCGUAUAUUCCCCUACGUGUCCCGCCGUCGUUGAUCGGCUCCCUCUAUAAAAAACACGCUUCUAGUCUACAUUUCUGUACGAGCAUCAGCCACUUUGCAUGCACUGCUAAAUAAAGCAGCAGCCAUAAGAGUGACGGUGAUAAUGGCGUCUCAACAAAAAAGAGAGCAGCUCGACUCCAAGGCACGGCAGGGAGAGACCGUCGUUCCAGGCGGAACCGGUGGCAAGAGUCUCCAAGCUCAAGAGAACCUUGCUGAAGGGAGGAGCAAAGGAGGGCAAACGAGGAGGGAGCAGCUAGGGAGAGAAGGGUAUCAGGAGAUGGGAAGCAAAGGUGGACAGACAAGGAAGGAUCAGAUAGGGAGUGAAGGGUACCAAGAAAUGGGCCGAAAAGGCGGUCUCAGCACCAUUGAUAAGUCCGGCGGCGAGCGGGCUGCGGAGGAAGGAAUCGACAUCGAUGAGUCCAAGUUCAGAAACUAG